AUGAAUUCGUUCAAGAUCGGCCAGGCUAUUAUUCUGGCCGGAGGGACAAUGGCUUUUUGUUUUUGGCUCUACAGCAGACGUGCAUUGUCCCAGCCAGCACCACACUCCGAGGCAAAACAUGGUGGUGCUUGCCACAGCGGCCCAGCUCCAGGGGCUCCAACACAAUCCGUUCGGCGACUGCAAGGAGUCUGUCUCCGUCAGGUCUACCCUUCAUCCGAGAGCAAGAUUGAAACAGAUAUCGAUAUUAUUGCCAUUCAUGGCCUCGAUACGAAGUCGCCGGACACAUGGAUAUGGAAAACCCCAGAGACUGACGUUAACUGGCUUCAAGAUCUGGAUAUGCUGCCUAAGCGAUUUCCGACCGCGCGAAUCUUUACCUGUGACUGGCCUGCCAACCUCCUUGAAGAAUCAGACUUUAUCCAAAAAAGAAUUGAGGAAUUUGCUCGGCUCUUGCUCGCCGGAAUUAAACAUCGGCCUCCAGCAACGAAUAAUCACUGUGAAGAGAAGGAAAGACCAAUUUUGUUUAUUGCGUCAUGUCUCGGAGGUGUCAUCUUGAUGAAAAUGCUUAUAAUGGCUAAUCAGGAGUAUCAUUCUGUGAAACAAGCAACACGCGGUAUUAUCUUUCUUGCCACACCAUUUCGUGGCACGUCAUUCGAAGAUGUGGCUAGAUGGGCCGAGCCAUGCCUGAGAGCCUGGGCUUCGAUCAAAGACAGGAAUGUUUCCAACAUGCUCGAGCAGGUGAAACCGACAUUUGAACUGGAAGAGCUUGUGCGCAGCUUCACUACUUUUUGUCAAGAAAAUGACCUUACACAACAUGUGUUCACCUUCUAUGAGACUGGCAAGUCAAGUCUUCCGCGUAAAAUAGCUCCCUGGCUCCCCGGUUUUUUGUCCCAGGAACAACCGCUGGUUGAUAAAGUUUCCGCAACUCUGGAUAUUGUUCCACAUCCUAUACCCCUUGCUCGAUCGCAUGUAAGGAUGAAUAAGUUUUAUGGUCCUGAAGAUCCAGAAUAUGUUGCUGUUACUGGGAAACUUGACUUAAUUCUUUGCAAAAUUCGCCAGGGACGGCCAAUUGAUAGAGCAGACACUUGGAUACAGAAUAAACGCUAUUCUCUGAAAGAGCUUGAGAUUGAACGACUCUCAGGUGAUCUACUUCCGAUGGAUCGCUGCUACAUCAAUCUUGCUAUUAUAGAGCACUCAGCUGAGAAUAAUAGUCACGGAAAGGGAGAAUAUAUCGCGCGAAAGGCUUCCCCAUUUUCACUCCACGCCCGAUUAAAGACUGAGACGCCAGACAAGGCCAUUAAGGUGACGUUGCCAACUCUAUUUGAAUCCCGCAAGUCAAAGGAUGCCGGGGUGGGCAAGACCACUCUAUGCAAGAAGAUUGUUCAUGAUUUCACAUACAAGGGAAUGUGGCGGGAUUUGUUUGAUCGCGUGCUUUGGGUUCCAUUGCGGAAUCUAAAGCGGGAAGAAAGACGUCAGCUUUCUGCAUAUAAAUUUGGCUCAUUGUUUCAUGACGAGUAUUUCUCUCAACACGCGGAAGGCAGGAACCUUGCUGAAGAAUUGUGGUCUGCAUUGAGGGAUACAAAGAGUCGCAAAACUUUGUUUAUCCUGGAUGGUCUAGAUGAAGUUUCUCAAGACUUGGGCGAACAUAUGCGUACUUUCUUCAAAGAGCUCUUGGGUCAGCCUAAUGUUAUUAUAACAACCCGACCCUAUGCAAUACUUCCGCAUCGCACGAAAGAUAUUGAUAUCGACCUUGAACUGGAAACGAUUGGGUUCUACCCAGACCAAGUAAAAGCCUAUGUCGAGAAGGCCUUUACUGACCCAAGAACAGUCGGGAUAAAUCGAAAAACACCCGCUGAGAUCCAGUCAUACCUCCAGGAGCAUCCAAUAAUCCAAGGACUUGUGCGGAUUCCAGUUCAGCUGGAUGCGCUCUGCUUCACCUGGCAAGGUUUGCAUAGUGAAGAUAUACGACCACAGACAAUGACCGAUGUCUACAAAGCGAUCGAGCAAAGCUUAUGGAAGAAAGACACCAUAAAACUAGAUAAACGGACUGAGGCUCAAAUGCAGAACGCUUCGACGAUAGAUAUCAUGAACUGUAUCGGAAAAGAGCUUGAGUUCGUUGAAGCUCUUGCCUUUACUGGAAUGUACAACGAUGUCAUAGAGUUUGAGCGAAAGCACCGCGAUGCUGUACAAAAGCUGUUUGAUCCCUUGGACAUGAAUCUCUCUCUAGACACGAUACUCGGACGCCUCUCUUUCCUGCGAACAUCAGACCCGUCGUUGAAGGAACGAGAUCGAACUUACCAUUUUUUGCAUUUAACAUUUCAAGAAUACUUCGCCGCAAAAUACUUUGUACGGCAGUGGAAAGCUAACGGAACACUCAAAUGUCUAGUGUUCAGCCAACCGAAGAAAAGCGGCAAACUUCUUGAAACGCCUAUUGAAUUUCUUCAAAAACUCAAGUACCACGUGAGAUAUGACAUCUUCUGGCGCUUUGUUACCGGCUUACUUGGCGAUGAGGAUGACGAAGAAGUACGUCACUUUUUUGAGAAGAUCAGAGAGGCGCCACUUGAUAUAUUAGGUCCUAUGCAUCAGCGGCUUCUCAUGCAUUGUUUGCACGAAGUACAGACAGCAGAGAUACCAUUUCGAAAGGACCUGGAACAGAGUCUGCUGGAUUGGCUUCUUUUUGAAUGCAAAUAUAGAAAAGAUUCAUACCUAGCAGCUGAAAUGGAGUUCGCAGGACCUGUCCUUGCUAAUGCCUUGCAAUCAAGUUCUGGUGCUACAAAGAAAAUACUUCUCGACUCACUAGGAAAGAGACAAGGAAUGAGAUCAAACCUAAUAGAUCCGGUCGGUUCUUGCCUUGGGGAUGAUGACUCGGAUGUCAGAGGCGCAGCAGUCCAGGCACUGAAAGGGCUGGCAGGCCAGGCGACACUACCCCCAGACAUCAUCGAGGCUAUAGCAGUACGGCUUGGGGAUGAUAACUCAGACAUCAGACACGCGGCAGUCCAGACACUGGAAGAGCUAGCAAGUCAAACAGUGUUGCUUCCAGACAUUAUCCAGGCUAUAGCAGUACAGCUUGAGGAUAAUAACUGGCUGGCAGGUCAGACGGUACUGCCUUCAGAUAUCAUCGAAGCUAUAGCAGUACGGCUUGGAGAUAAUAACUUAAAUGUUAAAGGUGCAGCAGUUCAGGCACUGGAAAGGCUGGCAGACCAGACAGCGUUAUCUCCAGACAUCAUUCAGGCUAUUACAUUACGGCUUGAGGAUAAUAACUGGUAUAUCAGAUACGCGACAGUCCAGGCACUGGAACGGCUAGCAGGCCAAACGAUAUUGCCUCCAGAUAUCAUUGAGGCUAUAGUAGCACGGCUUGGGGAUGAUGAUUCAGAUGUCAGACACGCGGCAUUCCAGGCAUUGGAAGGGCUGGCAGGCCAGGCGGCGCUGCCCCCAGACUCUCUCGGUCAGUAUCUAGGUUUGCUUUACCGGGUAUUGUUAGAAACCAGCUUCCAGCAGCCCUGCAGUUGGAUUAUUACGGAAAAGGUUUCCUACAUAGCAUUACAUGACCGAGAGGUUCGUUUAGGAUCUGUACAAAAACAGUUCAUGGAGGCAAUUCAGGAAACACAGAGAGCAUUAGAUGCUCCCCCACCUUACUGUAUUAGUUAA